AUGGUGGUCGGUCCUUUGUCAACCGAUCCAGGUCCCGAUCCGGUGACCGUUCCGGGAGCCGCUCAAGGCGUGGAUCGAGGUCCCGGAGCCGUCAUCGGGCAUGUUCCCAUGGUGCGCCACGCGGGGCCCCCGCUAGAUCUGCAUCAAGGGGCUACUGCAGAUCCCCUUCCGGCUCCCGUCCCGGAUCCCGCUCAGGCUCCUGUUCCGGGCCCCGCCCCGGCACAACCGGGGCCCCCCAUCAACGAUCGGCGAGCCCUCCGGCGCCAUCAUCGGCAGGCAACGCCAGCAAGAAUAAGCGAGGCACCCUCACUUGGGCGGACAUCGUCCGAGCAAGAGGAAACGCUACAUCACAGGUAG